CGGAUGUCCCUGGUUAAGACGCUGUUGCAAGCUGCCUGCCUGCUCACCACAAGUUAUAUAGGGUUGCAACAUGGCAGUGGCUGAGGGUGGCUCUUUAAACUGCCGAAAUAUGUGUCCCAACGCUGCCGGCAGGGAUUAUAAAUUCCGAGAUCUGACCAUAGAAGAACUGAAGAGCAUACAUGAGUCGUACCCAAACACCACAUUUGCCAUGAAUACCUACACUUUUAAGGAUGGUUCCCAGAAAGACCUUUUGAAUUGUAGUGGCACUGUUCCAGUGAAAUACCAGGGUAAUUCGUACAACAUUCCAAUUUUCCUGUGGAUUUUAGAUUCUCAUCCUUUUACUCCUCCAAUCUGCUUCUUAAAGCCCACUGCAAACAUGGGGAUUUCUGUAGGAAAGCAUGUAGAUGCCCGGGGAAGGAUAUACUUGCCCUAUCUACAAAACUGGAGUCAUCCGCAAUCCAUGAUCAUAGGGUUAUUAAAGGAAAUGAGCGCAAAAUUUGAAGAGGAGCUCCCUCUGUUCUCAGUAUCAUCUUCAGAUGCAGCCAGACAGUCAGAGCUGCUCUCUUACAUUGCAAAAAUCACGGAAGGUGAAGACAACAUUCAGUCCAAGGGAGAGGGGAAGAAAAAUGAUGGAGGAUUUAAUAAAGUUACAGUGAUUGGAGCAGGUGACCUGGGCCUUGCUUGUGCACUGGCUAUUUCAGCAAAGGGUGUUGCUGACAGAGUGGUUGUCUUGGACUGCUCAGAAGGUACAAUGAAAGGAGCAGCCAUGGACCUGGAAAUCUUUGCCUUGCCUAAUGUGGAAAUCAGCAGAGAUUUUUCCGCCUCAGCAGGCUCAAAGCUGGUGGUGCUAACAGUGAAUUCUUUAGGCAACGCUCAGUCCUAUCUGGAUGUUGUACAGAGCAAUGUUGAACUGUUCAGAGGCAUCAUUCCUUCAGUAGCACAUUAUAGCCAACAAAGUGUACUGCUUGUGGCUUCUCAACCAGUGGAAAUAAUGACCUAUGUAUCAUGGAAGAUGAGUGGAUUUCCUAAAAGUCGGGUUAUCGGGAUUGGUUGUAAUCUAGACUCUGCAAGAUUCCAAUACAUUAUUGCAAACCUAUUAAAAGCUCAAAUCAGAGGCAAAGAUAAUUGGAUUAUUGGUGAACAAGGGGAAAACAAAGUGGCAGCAUGGAGUGCUUCUAAUUCAGUGACAAGUCAUCAGGAUGAAGAUAUAGCAAAUCAAAAUGCCCAGCACCUCUUAGCUAACAGAGCCAUGGAAGUUCUGAAAGGAAGAGGCCAAAAAUCCUGGUCUGUUGGUCUGUCAAUAGCUGACCUGGCAGACAGUAUAUUGAAUGAUAAAAGGAAAGUACAUUCCAUAUCAACGAUGGUGAAGGGAUGUUACAAUAUAAAUUCUGAAGUAUUUUUAAGUGUGCCUUGUGUGCUUGGAAUCAGUGGAGUGACUGAAGUCAUCAAACUGCUGGAUAAAGGUACUGUGGUACAGGAGCUUCAGUCCACGGCUGCCUCGAUUCAUGAUCUUCAACAGCAGCUGAAACUCUGAAUACCAGCUAGGCAUAACUUGGUCUCUAAGAUAUUUGAGAGUUGCAGAAAAGACACUAUUGCCUAGGUGGCUGCUAAGAAAAGAAUACCUCACAAUGUUGAAGCUUUGCUAAAUUUGGUGUAUAUUUAAUUAUAGGGCAUGCUAAAGACCAUCUGUCAAUGACACUCUUAUAAUAAAAAUGAUUAGGCAAAAUAGGGUGGAAAUAUGUAACAUGAAACAUAAUUUUCCAAACUUUCUAGAUCAUGGGUUGCCUUUUUGCUGGAUUUUGUACUCUUGGUUGUUUAAUUACUAGCUGUAUUAAUAAGAAAAAUCGGUAUCUCUUCUUUUUCCUAUAUUGAAUGCCCAACACUAUAAUCACCACCAGCCCACUUCCUUUUCAAAGUUGCUAUAAAUUUGCUGACAAGAGGUAUCUUUUCAAUCAGAGUGACUAUUGUAUUUACUAUAGACUGAGAACCAGUCUUGUAUAUAUAUUACACAUUGCUAAAGUCUAAACACAGAUGGCCUGGCAGCAAGGUAUUGCCUAAAAUUAAGGGUCCAUGUUUCAGCCAAUGAUUCAGACAAUUUAUAACAGAAUGUUUCCACCAGCAAAUCAUUGCAGUAAUUCAUCUGAAGCUGAAAUUUUGGGCAUUGCAGAUGAAUUCUAUUUGCUUAGCCUUAAUGAGUUGGAAAGUAUUUUUCUGAACUUUUUGUAUGAAUCACCCAAAGACUUAGAUAUUGAUGGGGGUGGGGAGAUAUAAAAAAGAACCCAGCGCUGUUUUGCUGCAGUAUAUAAAAUGUGCAUAGUUGUAUGGUCUUCUUAAAGGCAUUUUGGCCAAAAUCCAAGAGGCUUGAGGUUCUGUGUGUUCACAUCCUCCUUCCUGCUGCAGGUUCUCCUAGCCCCUGAAAAGCCACUCUGAAUGUUGGAGUACCCUCCAGUGCAGCUUGUGAAUGAAGCAGCCGGGUGGAGCAGGAAAUGUUUUGUUUCCCAUGUGCACACAUUAGUGCUUUUGGCUCACUUGGGAGGGCGUACUGGAUUUAUAAAUUGAAUUAUAUAGGCACUUUAUAUGGGGAGGACAUUACAGAAUACAGUAAGGCACAGCUAGUCACCAUGGUUUAAAAGAAAUGCUCCCUUUAUUCAGAAUAUGAUAUUUUUUAAAAGCUGAUUCUUCUCUCUUUCCACUCUACCAUGCUUUAAAAUAUAAUAGAUGAGAAAAUAGUUAUUGGAUAGUGUUAGCCAAUACUAUUCCCAGGAUCUAAAUGGUGAUUUAUGAACUUAGGGUAAAGAGGAGGUGGAGUAAUUUUUAUUUCUAUCUAAUGAAGUAAUCUGUUUUUAUUUGGUCUUUUGUUAAAAUAAUUGUGACUUGGCCUGAGUCCUUAGGACAGGAUGGGAAGAAAAACUGAAUGAAUGCACUGCUCAAUGUUAUGCACUGAUAAGGCUUAGUAUUUUUGGUGUCAUCAGUUGUAACACUGCAACAAGCUUUAAGCACUACCAAAUAUAUAGACUAAACAGUUUAAUGAUAGUAUAUGUAGAUUUUGUACUCAGGUAUGAUUGCAGUGAAUUUUUGCCUUUUUCUUUGCAUUAUAUAUUUAAGCAAGUGCUAUAUGGAAAAAUACUGUGACGUGUAAUGUUAAUAAAACGUUUAUUAACUUUUAAAA